AUGUCAACGUGCACAACCCCCAAGAAGGGAGAGAUCAACGGGCUCAUGGAAGCUUUUCAUCACUUGGAUGGUGAUGGAGAUGGUAAAAUCUCGGCCUAUGAGCUAAGGUCGUAUUUAGAGUCCAUUGGGGAGCACAUGUCUCACGAGGAGGUUGAAGGGGUGAUCCAUGACCUCGAUUCCGAUGGGGACAACAUGUUGGACUUGGACGAUUUCACCAAGUUGAUGAAAAGGGAUGGUGGUGAUGAGGGGGAUUUGAGAAAGGCUUUUGAGAUGUUUGUGUUGGAGAAAGAAGGGUGUGGUGAUUGCAUCACCCCAAAAGGGUUGCAAAGGAUGCUGCACCGUCUUGGAGAUGACAAGUCCUAUGAUGAGUGUGUGGCCAUGAUCGGUGCCUUCGACAUUGAUCACAACGGUGUCCUUGAUUUCAAUGAGUUUUACCAAAUGAUGGCCUAG